AUGGCGCAAGUUAAUCCAUCACUCAAAGACAUUUCUCUAAAUACAAGGUCACGUGCCAAAUUUGUUUCAGGUUUUCCAGUCAAGGUCGAAAACAUGAACUCUUUGGAUAAUCCUGGGGAAGGUGAUCAAAACAAUCCUCGACAGGCUGAAAUCGAGCAGAAGAAACUCGAUAUUGCAUGUUACAAGCAUAGCUUGGAGCUAAAUCGUAUUGCUCUUAGCAAGACCAUAUGGGAUAUACGUAAUUAUUGUUUCACUAACGCUCAAAAUGACCCCUUGCUCUGUCCCCCAAGAGACAAUCCAUAUAAAUCCCAGAGAUCAUGUACAGUUAUUUAG